UGUCGAGCGCGGGCGUCGUAUCGUAUCGUGUCUGUUACGUACGUUAUUCCUACACAUCGCGGCUGCUGAAAAUUCUUUAAACUUUUCCGUAGUGUAGUGUGUGACAAUGGAAUUGUGUGUCAACUAAUGAUGUUUGAAUGAGUUUGUUUUAGUUUGAAACUUCGUUCGUGCUAGUGCUGGGUGGAUUUUGAUCUUGACCGGCUUUUUGUUUUUUUGUUCCGGUUCAUGGAUCUUUUUGCACGACGAGCUACAUAACAUACAUACGUGCACACAGAGCUGAUUGUUCAAAUAAAACAUGAAAGCGACAUUCACCCUCCUCUGCGUGUACUUCUACGCGCUGCUUUCCAGCGGCAAUACUUCAGACGACGAUGACCGCCGCUGGCUCUCGUCUCUCAUCGCCCUGGUGGAGAUGGACUACGAAGAUCACUGCGACCAGAGGGCCACGGCGUCUUGGAACGAGCUUGUAGGCUCCCCGAAAGGUCUAGCUCAGAAGCUUGGACGCGAUAAGAGCUACGGGAUCUUCGCGCGCGCGCAAACCACCGACGUGCGCAUAGCGCUCAAGGCGCAUGCGCUCAGCGACGAUGAACUGCUCAAGCGCAAAGUGCAGCUUUUGUUGCAGCCGGGGGAUCUGCUGCUGCCGACUGAACAGUGGAUACGGCUGGUCACGUUUGCAGAUACCUCGGAGAAUACUUUGCGAUUUUCAACAGACUAUGAUUGUGGAACAACUAUAAAUUGUUCACUGAGAGAACUGCACAACGGCCUGGCCAAGCAACACGAUGAAGAAACACUGCGCCAGAUGAAAGAGUCAUGGGAGAAGAAGCUUCCGGAUCUAAACGAAUACCUUGAAAAAAUAUUACCGCUGUUGAAGAACACAUCUAAAGAGAAUGAAUUUAACACCGUGGAAGAGUACUGGGACUCACUCGCCGAAUACGAAAGUGCGAUACUGAAGGCCCGCGAAUUGUGGGAGCGCAUCAGGCCACUCUACGAGAAGUUGCACAAAUAUGUCGCGCUCAGGCUCAAAGGCACUGAGGCUGUCGGGAAACCACUGCCAGUUUAUUUGUUAAGGUCACUAUCGGGAGACGAUUGGUCAAAUGUUGUGGAAAACCUGCUACCUAAGCAUGCAGAUAUAUAUCACAAGUUGUACGCUAAUCUUCACUUAAAGAAUUUAGGUGGCGUCAAAGCAUUUCAAGAGGCGACAAAAUUACUGACAGAGAUAAAUAUGCCACACAUCGAGCCGUACACUUGGGACAAAUCGAUAUUUAAUAGCAGCUGUCCGCCCGAGUUGGUGGAUUGGUGUAAGCCUAAUAAGCUGCGGGUAAUCUCAUGCAGCGACGUGACUAUCGGACAUUACAUGGAUGCCCAUGAGGCUGUCAUGCAAAUAAAGUAUAAGGACACUGUCGCUUUACAUAGCAACAAUACGUAUACGCUCAGGAAUGCUAACCGCUAUUCAGCUAUUUAUGAAGCUAUACCUGAAUUCGCGUCGCUUCUGUCGGUAAAUCCUCAUGCUUUGAGCCGGUCUGGAUUAUACCCUAUAGAGAGAUUUAACUUCAAUCCGAACUAUCAUCGUCUGGUUCUUCAAUUAAUAACUGCUUUGCGAGAUCUGCCGAAAUUGAAUUUCUAUAUAGCCGCCGAUGAAUGGAGGCUAAAAUAUCUUAAAGAAACAACCACUUCUGCAACAAAAGAAACGAGCUGGUCUGACUAUAGAAAAGAAUUCUCUUGGCUGGAAACUUCUGACGUAGACAUCCUUGGUAAUUCUUUCGUGCUUCACAACAAGCCUUUUAUUGGAAAAUUUAUGGGACUUAUUCUAAAAUAUCAAAUAUAUCAAUCAUUUGCCGAAGAACUUGUUUCGGAUGAGGAGGACCUUAUUAAACAUAUUUCUGAGAACAACGAUCGUUUAGUGACUGCAAUGUCUCAAGGCUUGGGAGUCAAAUGGCCUGAAAUGAUUAGCGAAUUAUUAGCAAAACGGGAGAAUGCCCUAGAAUAUACAGGCCUCACUGACUACUACAGGCUUCUGGACGAAUAUUUAGAUAACCAACUAGACCCUCAGCAAGGAAUAAAUGAAUCAGAUGAUUAUGUAGAACCGUCUGAGCCUGAAAUAAUAGAAAACGAAAUACCCACAGAAUAUAAAUUACCCGAAAAAACUGAAACGCAUGAAAGCAUUCAAGAUAAUGAAAUUGAUACAGGGGAGGGAAACAAUAUGAAGUUUGGCGCUGAAACGUCUACCGUCGGUGUGUUAGAAAUAAAAAACCCCGUGGGGUCUGGGGACGAGGAACAAAAAGAUACAAAUGUAAAGGAAGCGUCAUAUAACGUCUACUGGUGGAUCGGGAUAGCUGUCGCAGUAGCCAUUAUAGUAUUAUUAAUAGCAAUAAUUGCAAGAAAACGGCAGAACCAUCGUAAACAGCUGGACAGACAAAGGAGAGAAAAUACGCAUGCCUGAUUUGAGGAGUAUCGGUUCUAGAUAAGGAACCGAUAUUAUAUCUGGCUACUUACACUAAUUUAAGUAAUUUGUGCCAAUGCGAUUCGUUUUGUGUGUGAUGAGUUAGACAGUUUAGGUGUGUGCUAGUUUGUAAUAAUAUUUUAUUUAUUCUGCUCUAGAUGUAUUUUAGUUACUUAUAUUGUUGGUUUAUUUAGCAACAAUGCUUAAGCAAUGAUUGUUCUUUUUAACGAUUAUUAGUAUGGAAUUUUUAUACAAGCAAAACUACAUUUUGUUAUGGGUAAAAUUAAUAUUAUUUGUUCAACGAAUAUUAAUAUUAAUUAUGAUGCUUAAUCAUGAUACAAUUCCAACAAUGCUGCAUUUGAUUAUUUGUAAGAAUAAUGCAGGUUUUACGAGUGUAAUAACCAAAUCAUCAUCCAUCUUUAUAUAGCAAGAAUAUAUACCAAAUACAUUUAAUGCUCAAAAUGUUACUUGUCUACACUGUUAAUCACAAGAUACAUUGUUAGCGUCAAACAAUUUACAAUACUUAAAUUUAUUAUUUCGCUUCUAUGUAAUUUAAAUUAUAAUUUACGCAAGUCUUGUUUAAUACUGCAAAUAAAUAAAUAUAACACUAGUUAGUAAACGAAAUAAAAUAUUUUUGUACAUAUCACAUUUUGCAAAAAAAAUGUCUAAAUGUUACCAAGAGUGUCGAUAUAAUUGUACAUAAUAGUUAAGUGUAAUUUCGCUGUGCCUUAAGCGUCUCAAUUUCUAAUGAGUACUCUGUGUAGUAUAUAUAUAUAAUAUUUAGAAAUUGUAAUAAAUAUAUUAUAAAUUUGUAAAAAAUAUCUUCGGAUUCAUAUUUCUGUGACAAAAAAUACGUGUCAGACCAAUGUAUAAAAAACUUACUUCCAAAAAUUUACAUCGAUGAAUCAAUUCAAUCAGUUACCACAAUAUGGUUUAUCAUUACCGUAUUUCAUUCCAAUUAUUAGAAUAUUAUUAAAAUGAAAUUUGGUUUUGUUCGUGAAAUUAUUUUACUUUGAAUAACAUAUUAUUUUGAUAAGUUGAUAUGAUUUACAUAUCAUGCAUGUCUUGUUAAUAUUUUAUUACUCAAUGUAUUUUUAUUAAUAUCAGAAGGCCUAUCCAAACAGUAAUUUCUUAUCAAUAUAGUAACCAAACCAAUAUUUCAGCGGGAAAGAAGCAUAGUUCACACGUCUUUUUCUAAUUGUAAUUAUGACAAGAGCGGUCCAUGUCGCGAAGACAUAAUCUUGCGCCAAUAAUAUUUAAUACCUAUGCCCUGCGAGAAGUCAGUGUUUAGAGCUAACAUAUUAUUGCAUAAGACAAGACAUUACAAUAGAACUCAAAGAGGCUGAUUCAGAUUUUAUUUAAGUAUGAUACGACCUUGAUGAUGGCUCACAGUGUUAGUGUGAAACCCACUGAGAGGCGAGUAGGUACAAGUCAUGUCAUUAGAAUAGGCAGAGUUUUCAUUGCACAUUAAGAUUAUACUGAGCUAUGGAGUCCCUAUCAUUUUAAAUGUGAAAGUUUUACACGCAUGUCUAAUAUUGCCCUGAAAUGGCUAUAAAAUCAACUAAAGCAUUAUGUAGGUACUUUUUUCGUAUUUAGGUAUUCUUACCUCACUUUGAUUUUACUAUGCCAUAAAAACCCAAUGCCUAGUCAAUCGCACAGCGAGAUCGUGUAAACCCUCGUAUCGAGGUCGUAUCAAACAAAAAGAGAGGGUAUAUACAGAGUGUCCUUAGCUUAGCUUCAAAGCCCCAAGCAUUUAAAUAUUUACAUUAGAAUAUUUCGAACCCUUAUAAUUUAAGUUAGUAUUGCAAAAGUGUGGUCUGCACUAAAAAGAUUAAUUAAUUGCUGGAUAGAGUUGCCUAUUUUUAUAAAAUUAAAGGUUGGUACGUAAAUAGAGGUCAACAAGUUAAUACGACAUAUCCUUAGUAAUGUUAGAUUUUUAUUAUGAAAUAAAAACACAAAAAUAUUUAUAUGACUGACAUUUCUCAAAUAUCUCACACAUAUUUUCUGAACUGCAAAGAACUGAAAUCAAAUUUAUAAAAUAGUUUCACUCAUACUAGUACGCGUACAUUUCAAUUUUUUUUUGUUUGAUUAAUUAAAUUACAUGAGGGGCUUUCUCUAGAAGCUAGGGACACUUUGUGCCAAAUAAUUUAUUUAAAUGUUAUUUUAUGUUUAUGUAUACUUUAAAUUUUAAAGUAAAAUGUGCAAAGGAAAUAAUAAAUGUUUAAAACAUA